GAUUAAUUAAACCAUAAAAACAUUGCAUUCAUUGCAAUAUUGGCAAAACUCGUGCGCGUUUAGUGAGAGAGUAUUAAAAUGGAAGCUGAUGAACCAUUUUUAAGUGAAAAUGAAAAGAAAAUUGUUAUUCUUGACGUUGAACCACCGGAAAAUCCACGCAUUUAUUUAAGGCGACAAAUUUUAGGUUGUUUCGCUAUUCUUUUAGCCGUCAUCUUGGGAUCAAUGGUUGCCGGUUAUUCGGGAAUAUUAUUACCACAAUUAAAAGCAGAUGACAGCAUCAUAAAACUUUCACAAGAAGAAGAAUCAUGGAUAGCCGCAAUGGCGCCGUUGCAAAUGUCUAUCGGUUGCAUCUUCAGCACAUGGACAAUGGAUAAAUAUGGAAGAAAACGAAGCAACAUCGCUUGUGCAUUCCUCGCCAUUAUUGGUUGGGGCAUCAUUUACUUCAGUAAAUCCUUAGAAACACUUCUCAUCGGUCGUGUAAUAUGCGGACUCUACGUGGGAUUGUCAGGAAUGUCUUCAACGGCAUACUUGGCUGAAAUUUGCUCAACAAAAUAUCGUGGAGUGGCUUUGUCGCUUGUAGCACUCGGUAUAGCUGGCGGCGUUUUAGUAGUUCAUUUCUUGGGCACUUACCUCACCUGGCAAACCACUGCUUUGGUGACAAUGGUGUUACCAUUCAUCGUAAUAGCAUUACUUAUAUAUUUACCAGAAACCCACGUCUGGUACCUCAACUGCAAUAAAGUAGAAGAAGCGCGUAAAUCAUUCGAAUGGUUUCCGUGGUCACAGCGAUGUAGAACAAAAAGAAUUCAAUCAAAUGAUGGAAAAUCCGCUGGACCCAAAAAGUCACUAUCCGAAACACUCGCUGAAUGCAAAAAACAAGAAUUUUACCAUCCACUGAUGAUCCUGUUUUUGUUUUUUGUUACCACUCAAGUGACCGGCACCAAUGUAGUUACUUUUUAUUCGGUACAACUGAUGCAAAUCACGGUGCCAUCACUAGAUAGAUACGCCGCCAUGAUGAUUGUGGAUGUUGCACGUGUAGUGAUGUCGAUCGUCGCAAGUGUUUUGACCAAGCGGUACCGAGUGAGAGAAUUACUUUUUACAAGUUCCAUCGGCUGUGUUCUGUCCUUGUUCGCGUUGAGUGGAUUUGUGUACAUGGGACAAACGUAUCCCGACAACAAAGUGUUUACAACAGUGCCUCUUGUCUUUCUGAUGACUUACAUUUUAUUUAUAUCAAUUGGUCUUGUUCCAUUGCCGUGGACAGUGUGUGGAGAGAUUUUACCAUCUACAACAAAAGGCAUCGGAGGUGGAACUGCAUGCGCUGUUAAUUUCAUCGCAUUUUUUGUCGUGGUAAAAACAAGUCCAUUUUUAUUCGAUGUACUAGGAACACACGGGACAUUUGCACUUUAUGGAGUGUUAGUAAUCUUAGGAACAGUAGGAUUAUAUUUCGUGCUGCCAGAAACAAAGAAUCGCAGUUUACAAGAAAUCCAAGACUAUUUCAAACCAAGAUCGUCAAAAAUUUACCAAAGCUGUGAUAAUGCUAAUGCAAUCAAACAAUAAUAAAGUUCAUACCUGUUUUGUAAGAAAUAUACUUUGUCAAUGUUU